CCGACAGAUGCAGAGGGCGAGGAUGGUCCUGCCAUGAUGCUACCCGGUCUCACAGCCGGUCUGGGUGGAGCGGGCGUCGAGCUUUCUUUCGAAGUGGUCGACCGUGCGCUUGGAGUCCUUUUCAAAAGCUUGCGCGGCUUCGGCAAGGGCACAGACGUGGGCGUCGGCUCGGAGACGGGCUCAGAUGCUUGUGUCGCCAGCGUUGAGCUUGAUGCGCUGCCGAGAAAGCCCAUGUUUUGCAGGACGAGAGGUGACGUCGUAAAGGACGCGUCGCUGCUGCUGAGACUCUCCUUGAUGGGGCACGAUGACGCAGCUGCGCCGCAUCAAGACCGUCAAGCUUCGGCGACUCGUCUCAACGGUAGCAUGCAGACGGUACGACGACGUUGGAUGGCAGCGUCAGGGUGCGCUAGUCAGCUACUUAGCGCAGUCGGACGCCCAGCCGAUCCAUUUUACGCGUGAAGGGGCCAAGUCAUCGCGAGAGCUCUUCGACCUGCUGCGGAAAAGCAACACGCUAGCCGAAGUCGAGAUAGGCCGAUACGACCAACCAGAAUCCUUCGACAAGGUUGAGAUCCCACUGGGCACGUACAUGGAGUUGCUAGACGCGGGCAAAGGACAGUUCGGCGACAAAGCGGUUUAUCUUGCACAGUGGCCGGGUCUGGAAGCCAUGCCCGCCCUCAAAGAGAAAGUCACAACACCACCAUGGCUGCAAGAAGCUCUCGACGUUCAACAGGCUGACCUAUAUCGCGCCUCGUUCUUCGUCGGUCCAACGAGCGCCAUCACGCCGCUUCACCAUGACCCUUAUGACAAUCUAUUUGAGCUCAAAGAAGCCUGCCGGGCGCUCAAGCAUUUCACCAUCUUGCCAAAGCGACUUUCGCAUCUACUCAGAUCGUCCGAACAGCAAAAGAAUACAUCCAGCGUCGAUUUCGACAUCAGCAGCGGCAAGCUCGCGCUAUCGGCUGCCAGUCCUUCACAAAAGUACGCACAAGAGAUCCUGAACGCAGCGCAGACAUGCGUACUCGCUCCCGGCGACACUCUCCUUCUACCUAGAGGGUUUUGGCAUCGUGUCGAGACCAUCUCCACAGAUUCAGCCCAACCGGGCUGGGCAGCGUCUAUCGGUUUCUGGUUUCGCAUGCGUGCAAAUUGAGAGCAACAACAACAACAAUGGAGGGCAGCAGACAGGCUAGCAGGGCGAUUCUGCCCAAGUGCAGCGCGGACAGAGAUCGAGAAAGUCUUGCGCGACCAGGGCGACGGCAUUCCAUGAUGCUACCGUUGCCGUCUCUGCUCGCUCGCAGUCAGCUCGAUAGCAUGCAAAAGCGGCCGACUGACCCAUCGUGCUGAUGA